CAAUCGCGGGCAGUCAACGGAGAACUGCGUGAUGUGCGAUAACGCAUGCAUAACCUAAGCCGCAUGCCGAUGGCCCGGGUCAAGACAUUCGAAAAUUUUGAGCCAUCGCACGAUCAAUUGUGAAUUCCAGUAUCAGUUAAAAUGACCUACCGGUACACUGCUUUAUACCCGCUGAAAACGGUUGCUGGCAUAGUUGCUGAAACAUUUUUCAAGCGUAUAUCCGCACGACUUGCCUCAACCGGAUUGAAUCUCUGGGAUCAUGAGCUAAGUCCAGAGAUCAAACACAAAAUAGAAAACCACUGGAAAGGCAGACUAGGUGCAUCUGAAUUCGAUGAAAAUGACAGUACAAAAGAAAAAUUCUAUGUUCUGUCUAUGUUUCCUUAUCCUUCUGGUCAGCUACAUAUGGGACAUAUUCGAGUCUACUCUAUCAGCGAUUCUGUAGCUCGUUUCUAUAGAAUGAGGGGUAAAAAUGUCCUUCACCCAAUGGGUUGGGACGCCUUUGGACUACCUGCUGAAAAUGCAGCUGUAGAACGGGGCCUAGAUCCGACUGUGUGGACAAAGCAAAACAUAGAUAAGAUGCGGGAGCAAUUUGAAAAAUUGGGAUGCUCGUUUGAUUGGUCUUGUGAAUUAGCUACCUGUAAUCCAGAUUACUAUAGGUGGACUCAGGAAUUGUUUUUACAUCUCUUUCAUGAUGGUUUGAUUUAUCGCAAAGAGGCUCUGGUUAACUGGGAUCCUGUGGAUCAUACUGUGUUGGCGGAUGAACAAGUUGAUGCUCAAGGCCAUUCCUGGAGAUCCGGUGCUAAAGUUGAAAAAAAAUUUUUAGACCAGUGGUUUGUCAGAACAACUGCAUUUGCUAAGUCCUUGUAUGAUGGUUUGAGUGAUCCUAUGUUAAAAGGAUGGAGAGAUGUGAUAAAGUUACAAGAGCAUUGGAUAGGAGAAUGUAAUGGCCUUGCAAUUGACUUUCAGCUGAUCUCAGAAGAUUCACGCUAUCCACGAACCUUACCUCUUUGGACAGAUAAGCCAGAACUCAUUGAAUCUGCUGAAUUUGUGGCUGUUGCACCAUGCAGCUUUUUGGGCAAUAUAGAAGAGUCUGCAGACACAACUGAAACGUUGAGAAGAUUAAAUGUGUGUGUCCUUAAUCCUUUCACAAACAAACACCUACCAGUCUUUGUAACGAAAGAUGUUGAGUUUCCACCUUUCAUGGAUAAUCACAUUGGUAUUCCAUGCUCGUCCGAGGUAGAUGCCGAGCUGUGUAAGACGGUUGGAAUAGAGUUUAGAUCAACAAAUGUGACCACAAGCAAUGACGUUGAUGGUAAGCGUAGGGAGAUUGUGGAAAAAGCAAAGAAAUGGAAUAUUGGCAGAUACCCUGUGAGUUCAAAGUUGAAAGAUUGGUUAAUAUCUCGGCAACGUUAUUGGGGCACACCUAUCCCCAUUGUUCACUGUCAACUUUGUGGAGUGCAACCAGUGCCUAGCAAAGAACUCCCUGUAAUCUUGCCAACACCUGAGGAACUAUCAAAAGAAGGAGCUUCGUCACUAGAUCAAGCUAAGGAUUGGCUAUCGACAAAAUGUCCAAAAUGUGGAGGAAAGGCCACCCGGGAAACCGACACUAUGGACACGUUCGUUGAUAGCUCCUGGUAUUUCAUGAGAUACAUAGACUCAAGAAACAACAAAAAAUUAUUUUCCAAAGAAAAGGCUGAGAAAAUGUUACCUGUUGAUCUACUGAUUGGGGGAAAGGAACAUGCGGUUCUCCAUCUUUAUUAUGCAAGAUUCAUGAACCAUUUCUUACAUUCGAAGGGUCUUCUUCCUACAAGUGAACCCUUUAAACAGUUGCUCGUUCAAGGAAUGGUGAUGGGACAAACAUUUCGGAUAAAAGAUACUGGCGAAUACUUGAAUAAAAACGAGGUUGAGAAGAGAGGACAGAAUCAAUUCAUACACAAGAAGUCAGGAAAAGCUGUCACAUGUCAUUGGGAAAAAAUGUCCAAGUCUAAAUACAACGGCGUUGAUCCUAUGGAUAUGUUUACGGAAUAUGGCACAGACACAACUCGAUUAAUCAUCUUAGCUGAUGUAGCACCAACAUCACACAGAAAUUGGUCAUCCGCUACGUUUCCGGGUAUCAUCAAGUGGCAGCAUCGAUUAUGGCUCACAGUCAAGGAUUUUCUACAAUUACGGAACGAACUAGCGCCUGAACAGUUGCACGCAUCACCUAAAGGAGAAAAAUUUGUAGAACAAGAGUUGAUGUUAUUUGACAGUCGGAAUUAUUAUGUAAGAGGGGUUACCCUCAACAUUACGGAUACGCAACAAUUAAGUGUAGCCAUAUCCAAGAUGCAAGGACUUACCAACAGUAUACGGCGUUCUUCGCCGGAAAAUAUAGCGCAAGGUCGCGAAUAUGAAAGAGCAUUAGCUGCACAAAUCAUCAUGCUUGCUCCACUUGCUCCACAUUUUGCGUCAGAACUAUGGGCUGGAUUCUGUUCUGCACCUCGAUUGCUGCACAGUAAAAUUGUUAGCGAACGAGAGAUACAAUGGGACAAGGAUGUGUUGCAACAGAAUUGGCCAGAAGUUGACAUGGAGUAUAAAAUACCUCUCACCGCAUAUGUAAACGGUCAUAAGUUCUUGGAGUUGAAAGUGGCCCGUUAUGUAUUGGACAAGACAACAGUUGAAGAGGCGAUGCAGAUAGUGAUGGCAGAUGACAAAUUCCAAAAAUAUCUCAAAGUCUGGAGGGUCGUGGAUAUCAAAUUUGACUCAGUGUCAGGCUAUGGUGCGACGAUCCAAUUGAGUACCGAAAAAAUAUCAGAUAAAUUGGAGAUAAACAAUACUCAAACGUGAACGAUCUGAUGGCCAAAUUGGGCUUCCUACCUUGAGCUGUCCGAUAUCAUGCCGCACAGCAGUUGGAUUAUUGAUGUGGAUCCGUUUGGCAAGCAAGUUACUGCCAUAGGCAAAAUAGAAAAAUUUGUUGGCCAUUCGAUACCGACUAUAUUGAAAAUGAGAAUCUUAGAUCCAAUUGUUCGAUUUCAUGCACAAAGACGUAGAGGCCAUCAUAGUUUAGUGAUCAUAGCAGAUAAAAGAUAUGACCAAAUAUUAGACGUGGCAUAUCUACCAAAUUGUAUGUGGAAAUCGGUAUAGGUAUACAUGCAGAUGUAUGUGUUCUAUUUACUAUUUGAUAGGUAUGUGCACAGCGCAGCGUGGUGGGCGACGCGUUAAACCACCACGCUGUACUUGAUUACUGAAAUGCACCAAAAUUUGUGAUACGGUGAUACCAUAGAUACAUGUUACCCACUGAUCUCUAUCUAUAGAGAUCAGUGAUGUUACCUGAGUUACUGGAAAAAGCGAGGGAAAACUGUGAAAGUUCUUGUUUGGAAUAAUUUGCUGUUUAACAUUUCGAAGUAAAUUACAAUGCUCACUUUAGAUAUUGAUAAUAUAGCUGGGUGAAUUUUUAUUAAUACAGGUAUGAUAGAUACAA